AUGCUACAUCCGACAGUUGCAUCGUGGCCAUUCGAUGCUUGGGGAUCGGAUGUUGUUAGAACGCUACCAAAAUCUUCUGGCGGACAUUUGUAUAUCUUGGCUGCAACCGAUUACUUCUUAAAAUGGGCAAAAGUUGUUGCUCUCAAGGAAGUAAAGAAGGAGAAUAUUGCAAACUUCAUCAGAGUAAAUAUCACCUAUCGCUUUGGCAUUCCUCGUUACAUAAUAAUAUAUAAUGGCAAGCCAUUUGAUAAUAAAUUGAUGAACAAGAUUCAUUUUCUCUUUGGCUUCACGCAACGUAACUGUUCUAUGUACAAUGAUACCGCCAAUGGUUUAGCUGAGUCAUUCAUUAAGACUCUAUGCAACAUGUUGAAGAAAGUCAUCUCCAAAUCCAAAUGA